AUGCCGACAGAGUUCAAGCUCAACACCGGUGCCGCCAUUCCAGCCAUUGGAUUCGGCACAUGGCAGGACGCCGACAGUCAGGAAGAUGCUGUCUAUCACGCUUUAAAAGCUGGCUACCAUCACAUCGACACUGCACGGAUAUACGGAACUGAAGCCGCCGUGGCCAAGGGCAUCAAGAAAUCCGGAGUUCCGCGCGAGAGGAUAUUCCUCACCACCAAGCUUUGGAACAACGCACACCACCCAGAUGACGUCGAAAAAGCCCUUGAUGCUUCUUUGAAAGACUUAGACACGGACUACGUAGACCUCUUCCUCAUCCACUGGCCUGUGGCUUUUGCCCGCGGCGAUGAGCCCUUCCCUAAGGACGGCGAUAAGCCCAAGACGGAGAACAUCGACUACGUCGAUACCUACAAGACUCUAGAGAAGGUCUUCAAGAAGGGAAAGGCCAAGGCGAUCGGAGUCUCCAACUUCAGCAAAGCCGAAGUGGAGCGGGUACUGAAGGAGUGCGAGGUCGUUCCGGCAGUGCACCAGCUGGAGUCACACCCGUGGCUGCAACAAAAGGAGUUCGCCGAUUUCCACAAACAGAAGGGCAUCCACAUCACCCACUACUCGCCACUGGGCAAUCAAAACGAUAUAUACGGCGACAAGGAGGGUAAGCUCAUUGAUGACCCAGUGCUCGAAGAGAUUGGAAAGAAGCACGACAAGACUGGUGCCCAGGCUGCACUGGCGUGGGGCAUCGCUCAGGGCCACUCCGUCAUCCCAAAGAGCAAGACCCCUGAACGAAUCCAGCAGAACUUCAAGGGUGACUUCAAGCUGGAUCAGGACGACUUGAAGAAAAUUGAUGGCAUCGACAAGAAGUUGAGGUUCAACGACUCCUCCGAUUCCUUCGGCUACGACUUCUUCAAGGAUCUGGAUGGCAAGCAGUGA